AGGACAAGAGACACUUGUCUUUUCAGCAUGUUGCAUUGACCAGAAGUCUGAUCAUAUUCAUAUUUAAAUGGAUUUUGUCUUUUCUCUUUUACAGCUAGUUAUGUAUCAAAUCCCAUUUGCAAGGGAUGCUUGUCUUGUUCAAAGGACAAUGGGUGCAGCCGAUGUCAACAGAAGUUAUUCUUCUUUCUUCGAAGAGAAGGCAUGCGCCAGUAUGGAGAGUGCCUGCAUUCCUGCCCAUCCGGGUACUAUGGACACCGAGCCCCAGAUAUGAACAGAUGUGCAAGAUGCAGAAUAGAAAACUGUGAUUCUUGCUUUAGCAAAGACUUUUGUACCAAGUGCAAAGUAGGCUUUUAUUUGCAUAGAGGCCGCUGCUUUGAGGAAUGUCCAGAUGGUUUUGCACCAUUAGAUGAAACCAUGGAAUGUGUGGAAGGAUGUGAGGUUGGCCAUUGGAGUGAAUGGGGAACUUGUAGCAGAAAUAAUCGCACAUGUGGAUUUAAGUGGGGUCUGGAAACCAGAACACGGCAAAUUGUUAAAAAGCCAGCAAAAGACACGAUACCAUGUCCAACGAUCGCUGAAUCCAGGAGAUGUAAGAUGGCCAUGAGGCAUUGUCCAGGAGCUACCAAGAUAGCAGGAGGAUGGAGAAAGAAAGAGGAGGGGAUCGUAAAAGACGAUGGGAAAGAGGGAAAGACUGACAAUGAGUUAGAAGAAAAACAAUUGAACAAUGAGUGUAGGAAACAAGGGGAAAAAGAACAGACUACUAAAAAUGAAGACUGUACUCAGAGCAGAUGGAAGAGAGCGCCAAAGGCAAAGGAGAGAAAGAACAAGAAGAAGAAGAAGCUGAUAGAAAGAGCCCAGGAGCAACACAGCGUCUUCCUAGCUACAGACAGAGCUAACCAGUAA